AUGGGCUCAGCGGGAAAUGAGACUCUAGUUGGAUGGGUCUGGGAUAAUCCCGGUCGAAGCACGAUUAGCUUGAUUACAACAUGCCUCGCUACAAUACUCCUCUGCACGUGGGUUGUGAUACACCCCCGAGUUUAUAAACGCGAAUCCUACGCUAUGCUACACAAACUUGCCCUUUUCGUUAAAGGAAUCAUCGCCCCGGAAUUUAUUGCCGUUGAGGGGCUCCAAGAAUGGGCACAAUGUCGAAGAAUGGAAAGGGAAUGUUCUGCUUUCUCGAGAGGCGAGUUCAAAUUCAUCCACGCCUUCUAUAUCAGCAUUCUCGCCCUGAGAUACCGAUCCCCGAAAGGCGACCGCGUCAUCUGGCCGAACCAAUAUACCUGGGUACUUACCCAAUGUUUUAUCCGGUGGGAAGAACAUCCAAGCUGUGGCCUAUCGCUGGAUGAUAUUUGUGACAAGAGUAAAUCAGACGGUGCUGCGAAGCUGCUGGCUUUGAUGCAAGUGAUCUGGUUUUCAGCGCAGUGCAUAUUACGCGUCGUAUAUUCCCUUCCGCUCUCCCAGUUGAAGUCUAUGACUAUUGGAUACAUUCCAUUGUUUAUCGUGACAUAUUUCUUCUGGUAG